AUGAACGAAUCUCACCCUCCUCUGGACGAAGCCGCGAAAACUGCCUUAUUCCACGCGCAAAACGCCGUCCUCCACUGCAAACAAAGUUGGAAAGAGCUCAAAGACGCGCUCGGGAAAACGACGAGAAAUAUCGCAGAAAACGUCGACUCGAAAGCGUGCGAAAUGCAUUUUCUCAAGCUCGAGGAAUCGAUCAACCACGUCGAGAGGACGUACGAAGAGGUGAAACGAGACGCCGUGUUAUCAAACAUGCUUCGCGAAGCGAGAGAAUCGAGACCGCCGUUCGUUUUAACCGCGAAAAUUCCAAAGGAACGAAGCGCGUUCUUCGGGAGUUCGCUCGGGAAUUUGCUCUCGCAUUACGAGGGGAGAUGUGCACGAAAAAAGGAGUUCUUUGAAGGCGCGGAGAAAAAAAUGAAAAAAAUGAUUGGCGGAAUGACACCGUACGACGGCUCUGUGAUCGCGUACGCGGUGGACGAACGCGGGAAACGAAUCGGGUUCAACGCGUUCGAGGUGAACGAGAAGUGUCAUAUGGUUAAAGUUAUAUCGAGCGGGAAUUUUGAGUGUCGAGCGCCGUGGGACGGGUGGAACAUCGAGAGUAUUUUAGAGUUGGAGAUUGGGCCGGACGACUGGAAGAAGAGGGAGGAAGAGGAGAGAGAAGAAGAGGACGAGGAGGUGGUGGAAGAGCCGACGAAGAAGAGAGCGAAGAAGGUUGCGAACGCGAAGAAGAGCUGGACGGACGGACCGGGGAACGUUGUCGCGAAAAAAAAGGACGAGGAUGCUUCUUCUUCGAUCGCGUUGGAAUUCGCGAAAGUAUCGCUGCGGAAAAAGAGCGUCGCUGAAAUGGUCGGAGAGAAGAACGAAAAGAAAGCGUUCGAGAAGUUUACGAAAAUGGCGAGAGAGAGGGCGAAGGAAAAUAUCAAAAAGUAUUGCGGCGACGACGGGAAGAAAGGCGCGGCGGUGAUGGCGUUGGCGAUGUUGUUGGAAUGGUUUGAAGAUUUUCACACGACGAGUAGAGCGGCGAAGAAAGCGAAAGAACGCGACGAUAACGGCGGCGGAGGAGGUAACGAGAUGGAAGCCGAUCCGAGAACGUGUGGGGUGGAGGUGCAAAAACGGUACUUACCGGAGUAUUACAAGGAUAGCGAGACGAAAAAUAUGACGUACCAGGACGUCGCGAAGCAAGAACAAACAAAGGAGAAGAAGGGGGAGAAAGCAGAGGAAGGAGAAGAAGAGGAAGAAGGCGAGGUGAAGGAAUAA